AUGCCGCUGCCGUUCUCUCUGGCCUGCGACUUGUUAGACGCAUCUUACGCCCUAGCAAUAGCUCGCAAGCCCAGUGCCAAAGCUGUCACUGCCUGGUGCUCUCAGCAUCGCAGCCGUAUAAAUGCGCCAGACACCGACCUUGCGGCGUUACUGUCCACACUGCUGCCCGAAAAGAGGACGGACAGGGUGUACUGCAUACAGGCAAACAGUCUGGAGAAGAUCAUCGGACGCGGCUUGAUGCUUGGCGCUUCUCGACUCAGGGAACUCGCCCUUUAUAAACAACCCGGCCUGGAUCUGGAUCUUGCCGAUUGCGUAGAGCGUAUCUUGACUGUCACUCCGAAUCCAGCUCUUCCAGAAAGACUUCGGGUCACUGUUGAAGUAAUCGACGAGAUCCUGCAUUCCGUUGCGGCGAAGAUAAAAUGGAGCUCGCCAUCAAAACGAAUUGCAGACUCCAGCCCUGCCGAAUCGCCUGGCCGUGAUGGCUUAGAAGCAUUAUAUAGGCGCCUUACUGCGAAAGAAGCCAAGUGGCUCACACGGCUAGUUCUCAAGGACUUCCAGCCUCUCGUCUUCGAUGAAUUUGGGCUUUACCGUUCGUUUGAUCCCAUGUUGCCUUUGAUUCUGAAAGUUCGCGAAGAUUUCACCACCGCUAUCGACACUCUGCAGCGGCUCAAGAAAGAAACGCCCUCUCUACGACCUGGCAUGCCAUAUGCUGACCGAAAAUCUCUUUCCGCUGUCAAGCCGAAGUUGUCAGUAAAGGUAGGGCGACAGCAGUGGCACAAGGCUCGCAGCAUAAAGCAUUGCCUCCAGAUGUGCAAGGGCCUGAUGAGCGUUGAAGCAAAGGUGGAUGGAGAAUACUGCCAGAUUCAUGUUGAUGUUAGCAAGGGCAGACGCGGUAUUCAAAUCUUCUCCAAGAGCGGUAAAGACAGCACCGAAGACAGAGACAGGUUGAUCGGGGCCAUCAUCAAGUCAUUGGCAAUAGGGACGCCCGGAUCUCAUGUCAAGACAGAGUGCAUACUGGAAGGUGAACUGGCGGUAUACAGCGAAUUGUCACUAUUGAAUGCUCGGCACUCUGAAAGACUCAAACUUCUGGAAAAGAUCGUUCACUGCGACAAGGGUCAGGCUGAACUCGUACAGCGACAACUCAUUAGCACCAAUCAUCCCAUGGCAGCUUCGGCGUUGCGAAAUGCAUUCGCCAAAGUUAUUAGGGAAAGGGGCGAAGGGUUGGUUCUAAAGGCAGACCAGCCCUAUUUCAACUUUGAUAAUCCCGCGGAGCCGUUUACAAAUCGCUGCAUCAAGCUCAAGAAGGACUACAUUGGCCGCUUUGGCGAGGUCGGCGAUUUCGCCGUAGUCGGCGCUGGAUUCAAUGCGGCCAAGGCGAGGUCGUACAGCAUCGACAACCUCAAGUGGACGCACUUCUAUGUUGGCUGCAUUGACAACAGGGAGGAGGUAAAGCGAUGGAACGCCAUCCCGGAGUUUACUGCCGUCAACGUCGUUGAGCUCAACGAGACCAUGCUCAAAUCAUUCAUGCUCUAUGCGAAUCCAAACUCGGUGCCGGUGGAGGAAAACGUCGAAACCAAGGUGAAGCACGCCGCCGGAGCCCAGCCAAUACCAAUGACCAUGGCGUUCACGAGUCCACCCGUUUUCGAUAUGCGAUGCUUCAGCUUUGAAAGGGCGUGGAGCACCAACUGGUGGACCUUGCGGUUUCCGUCCGUUGCCAAGAUUCACUUCGACCGGGAUUUCUCUGAUGUGCUGUCUUUUGACGAGCUACAGAAGAUUGCAGAUGGCGCUACAUCCGCCCCCGACGUAGAAGACAGCCAGGAGAACCUGGCGUGGAUUGCCAGGCUGGAGCAGGCUGACCCGAGGGGACUGGGCGUUGACGCUGCUACGCAGUUGACAGCAACGACCAUGCCAACGCCGUCCCCGAGACGGGCCUCUUACAACUCUUCAGGCUCCCAGCCCCUGAUUAGACACCUUGAUGACGGCCCUCUGGAACGCUCGGUCGACUCAGCAGAUGCCAUGGCACCACCGCCUCAUAAAUUGGCUGCUUCACAGCCAUCUCCUACCACAAAAAUCUCGAAAACCGGUCUGCCUGAUAAUCAUAAGCAAAAACGGACUGCUUUUUCAGCGGCUCUGUUCCCUCCGUCGAAGAAAUCCCGCAAGGCUACCGGUGAUAAUGAGUUAAAACCAUCGUUACUGAGUGGCGAGCUCGAGUCCGAGUCGCCCAAACGGCGUCCCCUGCGGGAAAUUGACGGUAAUUCUACGCAGCAGCUCCAAGCAUCAUCGCCAGCUGUCGCCAGUGAAGACGAGACGGACAGCGACAAUGAUAUCCCACCUUCACCCUGUACUAAUCGUGGGCAGCGCAAAAGCGAUGCCCAAGACAAGCAUUCAAAUCAGACAUCCCAAGAACCGAAAGCUCAAUGUCGGUAUGCUGGCAUCGAAUGCCAGCUAGCCGAUCGCCUUGUUUUACUUCCAAAUUACUUUUCGGAUCUCAAGGAUGUCGAGCCCCUAUUCCGGGCCCAUGGGCUGUCGAAUAUUAUUAGAGACGCCGAAGCUUGGAUUAGAAACGAGGCAACCGAUAAUCCUCCAUUGCCAGACAGCCAGACAGGUCGUAACAAGAUUCUGUUUGUCGAUACGGUAGAGAAAGUGUCAGAGACAAAGGCUUUGCUUUCGAGACUGGAAGACGUUCGCGAAAGCAUCCCGGAAGAGAGACGGGAAUGGAUAAGUGUUUUUGAUUGGCGAGUUCUGAACCACCUCGCCAUCUUUGAGGACGCAGAGACUACGAAGAAAUAUUACGAUGGGUUUCAUGAUCCCUGGCGGCGUUGGUAUUCUGGGUUGAUAUGA